AUUGUAGUGAGAGGGGGGGAUAUUUCUACUCGUGGUCGUGGAUGUUUACAGCGUCAGCAACACACAUCACAUACUUUCUUUCUCGUGAUAUUGCGUGCUUGAAAGAGAUUUGAUACACUGGAGGUUUUACAUUUUCUCUAUCUAUGCUUCUUUGAAAUGCGAGCUCCGGUAGAUUUCUUGAAAUCGUGAUGCCCCCUGCUUGACUUGGGUCAAAAUUUCUGAAUUGUGUUGUGCGUCAAGCGGCUCGCCAUUCUCUGUGUUGAUACGUUGAUAUAUCAGCUACUCCGAAAGGUCUGUGCAUACAUUGCACACAUUAUCGAGUCCAUCUGAUCGAGGAGGUCCGAAAAUCAAGAUUCCACAAUGACAGCUUCAAAGGAAGGAGAGGAGGACUUUGUGCAAGUAAGCCCUGAAUCAAGGAACUACAAAGGAAUAGCCAUCUCCCUGCUGGUCAUAGUGGCGGUUUGCUCCCUCAUCACCAUGUCUGUCUUUGUGCUCACACCAGUGGAACUCCCUGGUGCCGCUAACUCCAGACUUACUGUCCUGGACCUGUUUAAACCAGAGUUCUCCGUGCACGAUCCUGAGGCCAGGUGGAUAAGUGAUUCAGAGGUUUUGUACAGGAACCGAGACGGCCACGUCAUCAAGUUCAACUUUGCUUUAAACGAAACAGAAAUUGUCCUGAGAAACAGCAUAUUUGUGUCUUUCAAAGUUGCCAAAUAUUCUCUUUCUCCAGACAUGAAAUAUGUGCUAUUUGCUUACGAAGUGAAACAGGUGUAUAGACAUUCCUAUACUGCAUCGUACAUCGUUUACAACAUCCACACAAGGGAGGUGUGGGAAUUGAAUCCUCCUGAGGUCCAGAAUGCAGUGCUUCAGCAUGCGGCGUGGGGUGUGAAGAGACAGCAGCUGAUCUACAUCUUUGAAAACAACAUCUAUUACCAAUCAGAUGUGCAGAGCAAUUCUCUUAGGAUUACGUCGUCGGGAGAGGAAGGAGUCAUAUUUAAUGGAAUCGCUGACUGGUUGUAUGAAGAGGAGAUUCUGCAGUCACACAUAGCCCACUGGUGGUCACCUGAUGGAGAGAGACUGGCCUUCCUCAUGAUCAACGAUACCCUGGUACCCAACAUGUUCCUGCCCCGGUUCACUGGCAGCCCCUACCCCAAAUCACAGGAGUACCCGUACCCCAAGGCUGGCCAGCCCAACCCUACAGUCAGGCUGUUGGUGGUGAACCUGUACGGCCCCACACACACUCAGGAGUUGGUACCACCCGAUGGCCUGAGAGGAAGAGAACACUAUGUAGGGAUGGUGAAAUGGAUCAGCAACACCCAUGCAGCAGUUCGAUGGCUCAACCGGCCCCAAAACAUGUCCUUCCUCACUGUGUGUGACGCCACCAUCGGGUCCUGUGUACAGAAACAUGAGGAAGCUUCAGAUCUCUGGCUCACCAGACAGAACCAGGAGCCAGUGUUUUCAAAGGACGGGAGCAGGUUUUUCCUGACCAUACCAGUGAAGCAGGGGGGACAAGGAGACUUCCAUCAUAUUGCCAUGUUCACCAAAUCGUUCAGAAGUGAUCAAAGUGAUGUCCGUCACUUGACGUCAGGCAACUGGGAGGUGACCAAGAUAUUAGCCUAUGAUGAGGAAGAGCAAACCAUAUAUUUUAUCAGUACUCAAGACUCCCCACAAAAGAGACACGUGUACAGUGCAUCUACUAUUGGUCUGUUCUCUCAACGAUGUUUGACCUGUGAGAUGAACCAGGAAGCAUGCACGUUCUUUGAUGCAGACAUCAGCCCGAACAAACAGCAUGUUAUUCUACAGUGUAAAGGUCCCGGUGCUCCAUCUGUGAUGCUGCAGAGUUUUAAUGAUGUAAACACUUACUUUAUCUUGGACAACAACAUGCCUCUGAGAGCUGCCUUGGAAAAUAAAAAGAUCUCUAAAUCAGAUGUCAGGGUUAUUCUAAGUGAAGACUUUGAGCUGCCUUUGAAGCUCACCUAUCCGCUUGACUUUUCUGAAUCUCUUCUCUAUGGCCUUCUUUUGAUUGUUGAUGGUGGGCCUGGCAGUCAGUCGGUGAGUGAUGAGUAUGAGCUGGGUUGGGACUCGGUGCUGGUCAGUUGUGAUGAGGUGAUCGUGGCCAGGCUGGAUGGCAGGGGGACAGGCUUCCAGGGCCUGAGAGUCCUGCAGCAGGUCCACCAGCGCCUGGGUACUGUGGAGGUUCAGGACCAGAUAGCUGCACUGGAAUACUUGUUGACACUCCCAUACAUUGACCGCGCACGGAUCGGAAUCUACGGAAAGGGAUAUGGUGCUUACCUCACUUUGAUGCUUCUGAGGUCCACUGCACUGAUUAAGUGUGCAGCUGCUAAUUCCCCAGUGAUUGACUGGAAACUCUAUGCUUCAGCAUUUUCAGAGCGAUACUUUGGCCUGACGUCAAAGAAUGACAACAGAUAUCAAGUUUCUAGAGUGCUUCCAAAUAUGAAAGGACUGCAAGGAAACAUGAUGAAAGGACCGCAAGGACCGGAUUUUCUGUUGAUUCAUGGAACAGCUGAUGCAAAUGUUCAUUUCCAACAUUCAGCAGAGUUGAUUAAGCACUUGAUCAAAAUUGGAGCGAACUACACAAUGCAGCUCUACCCAGACGAGGGCCACUUCCUGUCCCUGCAGAGCCAGCAGCACCUGUCUGAGUCCCUGGUUGGCUACUUCAGAACAUGUUUUCGGGACUUCAGCACACCGCUACCUGAGGAGAUAGGCAAAGAGGAUGAUGACUGACAGGGUUGGGGUUAGAUGGUGCCUGACAGGGUUGGGGUUAGAUGGUGACUGACAGGGUUGGGGUUAGAUGGUGACUGACAGGGUUGGGGUUAGUUGGUGACUGACAGGGUUGGGGUUAGAUGGUGACUGACAGGGUUAGGAUUAGAUGGUGACUGACAGGGUUGGGGUUAGAUGGUGACUGACAGUGUUGGGGUUAGAUGGCGAUUGACAGGGUUGGGGUUAGAUGGUGACUGACAAGGUUGGGGUUAGAUGGUGACUGACAGGGUUAGGGUUAGAUGGUGACUGACAGGGUUGGGGUUAGAUGGUGACUGACAGGGUUGGGGUUAGAUGUGACUGACAGGGUUAGGGUUAGAUGGUGACUGACAGGGUUAGGGUUAAAUGGUGACUGACAGGAGGACGUGCAGACGGGCCGUGUGUGGAUCUGGGAUCGCUAUGUUGAAGCAGUGCAAUGACUGCUCUGCCCUCACGAGGGCUGUUUGGCUGUUGAUUAGGUGUCCAAUGUAGGCAAGACAUAGCUGAUGUGGGGUAAAGUGAUGUGUGUGUGUGUGUGUUUGGUGUGUGCGUGCUUGCAAAUGCAGGACUACAAAUCAUGGAGGCUUUCUAUUUGUAGAAUGGCACAAUGAUUGAUGGACAAAAUCUGAGGGUUAAACAUUAUUUUUUACAUAUCAAAAUUCCACUCAGUGAUACACUGGCUUCUCCCUUCACAGCUUCUUACCAUCAGCUGUAUCGUUAUACUGUGAAAGCAUGCUUUUGUUGAAGCCCACGUUCAUCCACAUGAUUCCAAUUGUACUAAGCAUCAUCAACACAACUCUACCGCUUUCUGUCUGUUGUAUCCCAUUCCUGUCUGUGCACUAAUAAUGCUUCAAUUUCACUUCCAGUUUCUGAUAUUAUAUAUACAAUAUAACGCCAUAUUAUUUGAUAAAGUGCUAUUUUUCUUGUCUUCUAAUGAUAUGCUGUUUUCAGCUGAACGUUUACAGUAUACAGUGUGUAUAUUUUUUAGAUAUGUGUCGCAGGGGUUGAUCUAUUUGAAUAUUGUAUGAAUUUAUGGUAUUUGUUUUUGCUGGGGUUUGUUACACUUUAGAAUAAUAGCCAUUGUCUUUGGAUUAAUUGAAAAAUAAAGAACUUUAGAAACAAC